GCACGAGGUGUGUGUCGCGCAGUGUUUUGUUUACGAUAAAGUCGGGAACGACAUAACCUAUUUCGCCUCGUGAUAUCGUGCUCGUACACGUCCCGGAACACGGAGUCGCGGGCGUCGUUCCGUUCGAUUAUAAUUUUCGUCGGUCGCGAGAUCAACACUGUUGUGGCGGCGUGUGAUAGCGACGAUCGGGACCGUUGGUGAUAAGAGUGCGGAGGAGGACGCACUGGCACUGCUGAUCGCACCUACCGUUCGUGCGGCGCUGAACCCAAAGAAAUCCUCAUGCUAUCCGCGUCCCUGCUCUGUUCCGAAACCUUGAGUUCUGACACGCGUCGCCGAAUUAUCACCUUCGUUAUCCGUUCGCCGCUGUUGUAUCGCCACUGGCCGAGACAUUCGUGCCACCGUGUACAACAUCACGUCCAUUCAUUGACCACACGACGGUUCACGUUCGUGUGUAACACCACCUCGUCCGUUCGUUGACCACACGACGGUUCACGUCCGUGUGUAAUACAACCACGUCCGUUCGUUGACCACACGACGAUUCACGUCCGUGUGUGACACCACCACGUCUGUUCAUUAACCACACGACGGUUUACGUUUGUGCGUGACACCACCACGUACGUACGUCGCCGCCGACGCUCGUCCCGAACGUGCUUCAGAUUAACCUACGGUGUAAUUACAUAUGUGUACACCAUGAACAUUCCGCCCACAUUCUUAGACCCUGUAAAGUUGACGCUCGAGCAAUGGCGGUCGCUGAUCUCCGACCAAAUCGUUCAGCAUAAAAACGUUUUUGUUGCUGGUUUAAAAAAUGUCGUGAUCAAUGACGUGAAUGAGAGCAUGGCCAGUGCAGUGCAAUCCAAUGCAAAUUUGGAAAAAUUGCAUCGCGAAAUUUUGAAGAAAAUCAACAAAGAACAAUUUGAAUCUGAAUACGAGACAUUUAUGGAUGGUAUUGUUAGUGCUACUUUUGAAUUUUAUUGCAAGUUUGUAAUUGUUAAUUGUACUGAAAAUAUUGAACGAACUCAAAGUGCUUUAUAUUCGCCGAAUCUUAACAAUGGUGGUAUAAAUAAAGAAUGUUAUAACAAAAGUACAAAGGAGCUAGAAUUUCUAAAACAGCCUCAAAUUCAUUUGCCUUUUGAAGAAUCAAAUAACAAUACUACUGAUUUUAUAGAAUUAGAAACAAGUGGAUUAAAUAUAGAAAAUAAUUUUAUUGAUACUACUCAUAUGUCCUUAGAUGUUAAUGGUGAUAAUGAUUUACAAACAGAUGAUUCUUUAAUGUCAUUAGAUUUAAAAAUAGAGCAAAAAGAAUUACAACUCAAUAGUAAUUUUGAAAACUUUGAAAAUUUAUCUAAUGAAAGUAUUGGUAAUGGAAUUCAAAUCAAUAGCUCAAUGAUUCAAAAUGUAGCCAAUAAUGAUUCUAUUGAAGAAGAUCCUAAAAAAAGUCCUGGCUUAAAAAUUUUAAAGAACUUAGUUGAAAUUGAAAAUUGUAAACUGGAAGUUGAAAAAUGCCCAGAUAUAAGAGAAGAGUUUCCACAACUUAAUUAUAGUUCAAUUUUAAAUAAAUAUGGGAGAAAAUAUGGUAAACGAACGUUAAAGAAAAAGGAACAUCAAAUAUUGAAUAUAGGAGAAACAUCAAGUAGUAUGAAACGAAAAAUGGAGCAACCUGAAAAUCAUGACAAACCCAACAAAAUAAAAAGACAAAGGUAUAAAACAUCCAAAAAAGGUAAAAAAGUAUCAAAACUCUCAAUUGAUAUGAAUAAUUUAACAUUAAGUACCUCAAGUAGCAAUAAGCUAGUUCAAAGCGAUAAAAAUAAUAUAAUAUAUGAAAAUGGUACAAAUAUCUUAAUGGGUGUACAAAUCUCAGAAACUUCUGUAAAUAGUCUAUUUGUAUCUCAAACUAAUAAAGACAAUGUACUAAAUAAAGAAUUACAAAUACAGCAAGAUAGUACUGAAAAUUCAACGUUUAAUGAGGAGUAUUUAGUUUCUGCUAAUAACUCUAAUACAUUGCAAAUGAGAAUUUAUCCUACUAAUUCUACUAAUAAUAAUGACAAAAGCAUGGGGAAUUCAAAAAUCAAAUCAUUUAACCAUUCUGGUUUAACAAUGAAAACUUCAGACUAUAAAAAACUAUAUGAAAAGGAUCGUAAAAGCUUAUUCAAUCCUGAUAUAAUUAUCAGAUCAAAUCUUUCAAAAAAUUCCGUAGUUAAUCGUUGCAUGAAAAAUGAAAAUAAUAAAAUAGAGAAAAAAGAUGAUUGUGUAGUGAACAAAAAGUCUAAAAUCCAAGGGUUUAAAAUACAACUCAAGAAUCUUUCAGCUAAGAAAAAUCUGUCAAAGAAAAGAAAUGGUUUGAAAAAAUCAUCUUGUAGUACUAUUGUUGAAAAAAAACGUUUCAAAAUUAAGAAAGAAACCAUUGAUAAAAUAGUGACUAAUACUAAGAUAAAUAUUGAUACAAACAAAACUAAAGCAUCAAUAACAGCCAAAAGUCUUGAUAUAAGUAGAUGUAAUAAUUUGCCAAAUACUAAUACCCUAGAGAAUAAUUCUUUGCCUGAUUGGUUAAAAGCUAAGUGUAUCCUUUAUAACAUCAAACCUGUAUAUAUUCAUGUUGAACCAAUAGUGCCUAAAAUCUAAAUAAUAAUUAGAUUCAGAAUAUUAAAAACAUUAUAAAAUAUUAAGGGUUGUCUUGAUUAUUAAAUAUUUUAUAAUCAAUAGUUAAGUUUGUAAAAUUAGUUUUAAAUUUAUAAUCACAUAAUACUGUUCAUACCUAGUAUAAAUAUGAUUUUUUAAUUGGGGCUGUUGCUAAUAAAAUUCUUUGCCUCACAAAAUUGUUUAAAAUCUUUA